CACUGGCGGUGACCAACUGCGGAGCAGUAGUAGGGCCCCUGAAGGAGCCCACGGGGGCCCUGUACCACGACUAUGGCGCGCCACCGCCCCCGAUGCGGCCCCACCAGGCCACCCCCUGCGCCACCUCCAGUCAACUGGGCACCGUGUACGCCACCAAGAGACGACGGCGGAACGGCAAAAGUAUAAAGCCGCCGCCGAAGGAUGGAGUGGCAAAGAGCAACCCGAGCAAGCGGCACCGGGAGCGACUGAACGCCGAGCUGGACACCCUGGCCAGUUUGCUGCCCUUCGAGCAGAACAUCCUGAGCAAGCUGGACCGGCUGUCGAUCCUGCGGCUCGCUGUCAGCUACCUCCGCACCAAAAGCUACUUCCACGUGGUGAUGCACAGAGACAAAGAGGACGGUCUUCACGGCGACCCUUCCUUCAGGCAUCGAGACCUCACAGCAAUAGAUCAUUCCGUUUUGGACGGCGAUAUGUUCCUGCAGGCGCUGAAUGGGUUCCUGCUGAUCCUGACAUGCGAGGGCGAGGUGUUCUUCGCCACCCACACCAUCGAGAGCUACCUGGGCUUUCACCAGUCGGACAUAGUGCAUCAAAGUGUGUACGAGUUGGUGCACAGCGAGGACCGCGAGGAGCUGCAGAGGCAGCUGCUGUGGAACUCGUUCCUGCCCACCGAGCACGCCGGGUGCGCCCUGCCAGAGGCCCUCGACACCUACUGCCAACUGCUCGAGCGCUCCUUCACCGUGCGCUUCCGCUGUCUUCUGGACAACACCUCUGGCUUCCUUAGAUUGGAUAUUCGGGGCCGAGUCAAAGUGCUCCACGGCCAAAACAGGAAAACGGAGGACCCGCCGCUGGCCUUGUUUGCCAUCUGCACACCCUUCGGGCCGCCGUCGCUACUCGAGGUGCCACAAAAAGAAGUCAUGUUCAAGAGCAAACACAAACUUGAUCUCUCUCACGUUUCCAUGGACCAGCGGGGGAAGCUACUGUUGGGCUACACGGACGCCGAGUUGACCAACAUGGGUGGCUACCACCUAGUUCACUACGAUGAUCUCGCUUAUGUGGCCAGUGCGCACCAAGAAUUGCUGAAAACUGGUGCCAGUGGCAUGAUCGCCUACAGGUACCAGACCAAGGAGGGUACCUGGCAGUGGCUGCAAACCUCGUCCAGGCUUGUCUACAAAAACUCCAAGCCUGACUUCGUCAUCAGCACUCACCGGCCGCUCAUGGAGGAGGAAGGCCGCGACUUGCUGGGCAAACGCACCAUGGACUUCAAAGUGAGCUACCUGGACGCGGGGCUAACAAACUCGUAUUUCGCAGAUUCCGACUCAACGACCCCUAGUGUUUCAACUCCCACAAGUUCCCCGGCGCCCAGAGUCACUCGGAGGUACAGAAAAUUCUCUAAACCGACCGGGAAACAACCAAAAGCCGAACAAAUGCACCUCAAUAAUUACAAUGAGGACAACGAUAUGUACAAAACGCAGCUGCGCGACUUCCUGUCGACGUGUCGGUCAAAACGCAAGCUGCAGUCGACGCCGCCCGCCCCCGAGAGCACGCCGCCGACACCCCCAGAGGUGGUUGUGGCGACGGUGGCGGCGCCGCCCCCGCCGCCUCCAGUCGCCGCCGCCUACUACUACCCCGAGUACCCUCAGUACCCGCAAUACCCUCCCACGGCGGUGGACACCUCCAUGUUCCAGUAUCGCUACUACCCUCCCGAGUACUCCCCCGCCACCUCCAUGCCCUACACAAAUGGGUACGGCCUCGAAAGGGUCAUGAGCUCCGGCUACGAGGUCAAAACCAGCCCCCAUGACGACAGACUGCAGUAUCCGCCUUGCCAGCUAGAUGGAAGAUAUUUCAAGUCGGAGUCGUCGCCACCACCGUCGGUGCACUCGUCGUCGGUGGACCUGAAGAAGAGUCCGUCGUCGCCGGGCGCCGACAUCAAGCUGGAGCGGCAGACGGUGCUGAUGUGGGGGUCGACGCGGCCGUCCACGCCGACGGCCGUCGUCGGCUGGGAACCGAACGACCCGCUCAAGUCGCUGGCGGACAUGCAGCACUACCGGGCGCCCUCGCCGGUCAGCCAGUUGCACCACCACCAGUACACCGGCGAGGCCGAUGAUGGACAACAGCUCAGUGGUGGUGAGCCCGUCGUGCGCAAGCAGGAACAACGCAGUCCUCUGCUGUCCAUCUCAGAGGUGACCAACACCCUGCUGGACCAUUGAGACCAGUCAACACCCAGUGACCAGUGCCGAGCUCUCCGCAAAUCAAAACUACGAGCAUCUGAAUCAUCUCUUUUAUUUAUGAACAUUAAGAAAAAACAUUUUCAUUCCACUUGCUACGUCAACACAACGAGUGCGUCAAUAUCGAUCCGAAUGAGAUUUUCUCUCCCUUAAAUUAUAAAUAAAUAUAUGAAGAAAAAUAAAGUGAAAAACGGACUACUUUGUAUUGCUGUAAAUUUUUUAUUGUUUUCUGUGAUAAGUGUUGUUUUCAUAUUAUUAUAUAUAAAUUAAAAACUCGUCUCAGAAUUUAACAAUUAUAUAUGAAUGGAAAAUCAACGUGUCACAACCACUCAAAAGGCCUGCUAAUUGAUGUAAUUUACUACCCCUCUCCCUAUCUCUCGAUGUCUCUUCGGUUUCAGAAGACCAGAGAAGAAAACUCAUUUAAUUCUUGUACAAGAAAUGAAUUCUUCAACGAACUAAAUUUUAAGGACUCUCAUCGCUCUUUUGUAACUCUGAAGAAGGUUUAAUAAGGCCUGCACACUUUAUGUUGUGAUUGUCAUACUCAUACUAUGCGCACCCUCUCUUUCUCUCUCAUUAUGUAAAACUACUAAAAAAAAAUGUGGAAAAGAAAGAAAUAAAAGCAGACAAAAUCAUCAAAACGUUCUUUUCGUCCAUGUAUUUAAAAUAUAAAUCGAAAUAAAUAAUAAAAUGUGUACUUGUCACAUUUAAAGU